CUCACAGGCAUCUCAAUUUGAAUGACUCUGCAUGUGGAGACUGCCUUCAUCUGGUUUUUGAAAAGCUGCCCAGCCCCAGGAUGGUGACGAUGCUCUUGCUACUCUCCGCGCUGGCGGGCCUUGUUGCAGAGGCCGAGGGACAAGCAUUCCACUUGGGGAAGUGCCCGACCCCUCCGGUGCAGGAGAAUUUUGACGUGAACAAGUAUCUUGGAAGAUGGUACGAAAUUGAGAAGAUCCCUGUGAGCUUUGAGAAAGGAAACUGUAUCCAGGCCAACUACUCAGUAAAAGAAAAUGGAAACAUCAAAGUGCUAAACCAGGAGUUGAGAUCUGAUGGAACCGUGAAUCAAAUUGAAGGUGAAGCCACCCAGAGCAACAUCACAGACCCCGCCAAACUAGGAGUUAAGUUUUUCCAGCUGAUGCCAUCAGCACCAUACUGGGUCCUUGCCACCGACUAUGACAACUAUGCCCUCGUCUACUCCUGUACCAACAUCAUCUGGCUUUUUCACAUCGACCAUGUCUGGAUCUUGGGAAGAAACCGUUAUCUCCCUCCAGAAACAGUGACCUACCUAAAAGAUAUCCUGACUUCUAACAGCAUUGACAUCGAGAAAAUGACCAUCACAGAUCAGGUGAAUUGCCCCGACUUCCUGUAGGAGGCUCUGGAGGGUGGCAGCAGCCACCCUCUGUCACUUCUUCCGCUUUGCUUUCCCCACCCUGCCUGCACCUCAUAAAGACACAGCACCACUCAUGACAACAGCUGCACACACCGGCAGAGAAGUUUGCAGAAGCCAGUGGAGGGGAACUCGGGGAAGUUGCCUGAACACUUAUCCUCUGCCCACCCUUCUGCCUUGCCACCAAUAAUAAACAUGUUGCUGAUCCUCUGUGGCUCAGCGGAUUCUGAA